GGAAAAAGUAAUAAACGUACAUAAAAUGUACCCGCUAAGUCCGACAAUGGCCCUUUCUUUUCUUUCAUGACUCCUCCAGUUCUUUCCCCAGCUCUCCCCAGCCUAGCCAGCACUUUCCCAUAUAUACUGUACUAUACGUGCUUGGCUUGGGUAACUCAAAAAGUACAGUGCCUAGAUAGGGAAAGACCAACCAAAACUUCGGUGAGAGGGAGGCUGCAUAUGACCCCCUUGUCGGAUUUUUGGAUUUCUAGGUACAGUAGCUUGCUGCAUCUUUUUCUUCUUCGCCUCGCCUCAAUUCAAUCAAUCAAUUACUUGCAUUACCUUCCCGACUUCAUACUGUACAGAUGUAUGAAUGGGGAUUGGUUAAAGACCUUGUCGCAAUUACCUUGCCUUGAUCUUCUUCCUUGCCAUUUGCCAUUCCGGUUUUCCAACAGAACGAACGCUUUGAAAACCUUCACCUACUUUCGACGUUUUCGACAUCAUUUUUCUUCGUUACACACCCAUAAUCAAGUAGCUCGUCAUUUGUCGCUUUCCCGCAGGUUCGCAGACACAUACUCCGACGCAACCAAGUAGACGAUAAUCUCGCAAUAAAUUACCUAUCAUUCAUCCAUUGCCAUUUUUGAGGUUUAAUUGAGUUUAGCGAGGCGAAAAGGUUCCUAAUUAGAUAAUUGGAUCUCUUUCUUCCGCAGUGGCCAUGAGCCAUUCCAUGUCUCCAUUCAAUGGCAAACAUAUAUUCAAUAACGCCCGCUCUAGAUUCAAACAAUCUCAGCGAUUAAAAGACGUCAUCAAAAAAUUGUCCAUAAAACGACUCAAAAACCAUAACGAUGAUGUAUCAGAUCCUGACGAGGUGGCUGAUAAUGAUGAUCAGUCAUCUAUUGGCAACCCUGUCAGCCCUGCGGAACCCGGCAUUCUCACAUUGACCAAUAACAGCACUAGCAUCAGCACUCUGGAAGCUGAACCGAACGAUGCUAUCGUGCACUCAACGACAAGUUCAUCCGAACCGAAAACUUCGGGUUUAUUACUUCUUCCUCAAGAGUUAUUUGAUACCAUAACUAGUUAUCUAGGUCCAGCCCAUAUUGUGAUACUGGCCCUCGUCAACAAAGAACUCAUGAAUCGUUUCAUGACUUCAUGCAAGAAGCUUGAACUAUUAGGCGCAGACUCAGAGGAACAGCAAUCUUCCUAUAAGAUGCUAAACGCCUUUGUCAAGAAAGCGGACUCGUCCAAGACUAAGAUCCGCGGGACGCUUCUUAGCCUUAUGGAUUACGACUUGUUGGAUUUGGUUUACUGCUAUAAAUGCAAGAAGCUUCACGAUCCCUUCGUAACCUUUAAAGACCGCGCAUAUGCACCUCAUAAAGCUAUCCGAUGUGCCGAUUGGUCUAUGGAACAUCAUAUGCCUUCACGUGCGACGAGGAAGUUGCUACGGAGCAUCACUAAAUACCGUAUCCAUGGAGCCGACUACAAACACCUGUUACAACAGGUAAACAAUACACAUACGUUUUACCAAAAGGGUAUAAUGCUCCAGGUUUCCCUUCGAAUGAGAUAUCGGAAUGAAGAUCUACUUUUACGAAGGCAGCAAGUCGUCGCUUCGAUCGACAAGUCGGCGUUGGGAUUGUGGUUAUUCUCACAACAGGUUAAACAUACACAACCGCUGCCGAUUGGUCCUAGUCCACCGACGACAUCACCGAGGCUAUAUACGAUAUGCAACCACAUGUCCUGGAUUUCAGUCUUCAAACCAUUCGUAGACCAAUUGAUCAAUCCCUUAUGCAAGAGAAAGCAUACCGAGGAAGAAGGUGAAUCACAUACAGCAGAGUGUUUCGGUGACGAUCGUCUCGACGUAUCGGAGCAGGAAGGACAUAUGGUUUACGAAAGAAUGAAAUGGAACUCCUCCGGUGAUAAACUGAAUCCUAUGGAUACACCUGCACUACUUGGGGAUGUCCUAGGUUGUAAGAAAUGCACGACGGACUUCAGUAUCGAUGUUAUCUCCUUGCCAGAACCUUUCGGCUGGGGAUUCAUCUUAACUACAUGGCUAGAUUUGGGGAAGCUCGACUUCUGUUCGAAAUGGGACAGCCACAGAGAUGCACGGCCAUGUAGGGAUUAUAACCGAACUUUUCCACAUGGAGAUAUAUGCGAAACCUUCGAAGACUUAUCGUCGAGAUUAGACUAUCGUCCCCGAGUCACCGAAUCGAAUCUAGAGAGGAUGCAUAAUUAUGGGUGGAGUGAGCGGGUAAUCAACGGAAGAGACAAAUUCGUGAAUUGGUCCUCAGCGCAUACAUGCAAUCCAACUACAGGAAAGUUAGAGGAUCCGGAUCCAUUAGAGGAGGCAGAUUACUGAUGAUGAUUCUGAUGAGACAUUGACGGCGGCAUGGCUUAUAGGCUUAUUGCCUGAAUGACUUCUGACUUCAACAUAGCGAUAUUCAUAUGCAUGAGCAGGUGUUACGGAGUUAGGGAAGAAAUUUUUGCUUUCUGGAGAUGACGAGAAUUUUGAAUGCAAUGAAAAUAAGUAACGUUUUCUCCGACCAAUAGCAUUAUUCCCGGUUGUAGAAAAACUACUAGCUAGGAUUCGAAUGUUUUCCAAAAUAAAGGAC